AUGCCCCGUACAAUCUCACUGUUGCUAUGCAUUGCCAUGAUCCACGGCGCGAUCUGCGGCCCAUGCCCAGAGGGCACCAUUGGAUACGCGGGUGGGAAUGAGACAUAUAACCUCCUCACCACGUGCAAUUUCGACAAGAAUGCAUACAGCAGCAACGACGCGACCACCGGGUGUGAAUGCCAGUCCGGUCCGACAACCAGCCAGGACUGCAUGAUCGCGUUCGACAAUGACACAUCCACGGUAUACAACAUGACGGACGAUGACUACCGAUGGAUGUGGUUCACCUUCAUCAACAUAGGGAGCGCAUACAUUGACAGUAUCGAGUUCUCAAACGGGAUAUAUGCGGCCGACCAUAGAUCACAAUAUAUAGCAAGGGUCGCAGGCUCCGAAACACUCGAGCAGAUACACUACAUACGCUGUCACCUCGAGGGCGAUGCCAUCCUCAACGGCACCUUUGUUUUCCGAUGCAAUGCGCGCGGCAGCCUAAUACUGAUACACAAGAAUACCGUCAAUGAGAGUGCAAGGCUAUCAUUCGGCGAGAUCUCAAGCAUCGUUGGAUGCUCGGCAUGCCCAAGAGGCAUGAAGGCCAGCCCAAACAGAUCCACAUGCAUCGCAUGCGCGCAGGGUGAGCCGUGUGAAGUGUUAGCUGAAGCGACAUGGCAACCCCCCGAUGCCCCAAUCAUAAUUCCCGAUGCCCCAAUCACAAUUGCCACACAGGCCGCACAGGAAAGCUCGUCGGUAUUCAACAUCGUGAUACCCAUAAUAUGCUGCAUCAUAGCCUUGAUGACAGGCCUAUACUUGUGCCGCGUGUAUAAUAGCACGGGGCACUGGCAGAGAAAGAAACCGGCAGUGAUAUCAAGCCAUUUCAACCCGCAAUACGGGUGUUUGUGA